AUGAUAUUAGUUGGAAUCGUGGAGCCAACGAUCGGUACAGCGACGAUGAGGAGCAACCCGCUCCCCCCUCUCCUGACGGUAUUGUGCUGCCUUCAGUUUUUUGCAACCGGAGCGCAUCACAUCGUAAUUGCACAGGCUCAUGGCGUGUCCAGGUCGGCUGUCGGCAAGGCAAUUCAUGCCGUAUCUGUUAUCCUUUUUUCCAUACAAGGUUUCCCAAAUGUAGUUGGAGCAGUUGAUGGCACUCAUGUCAAGAUACAGGCACCACCAGACAACGAGGCAGAUUAUGUGAAUAGAAAGGGCUAUCAUUCCCUUAAUGUACAGAUGGUAUGUGAUGCAAAUUACAGGAUAACUGAUGUUAUUGCUAAAUGGCCGGGAUCUGUGCAUGACAGUCGAAUGUUCUCGGAGGGGAUCUUGUGCCAGAAGUUGGAGACUGGACAAAUUGAUGGACUGCUGCUUGGGGACAGUGGGUACCCAUGUCGAAAAUACCUCAUGACACCCUAUGCGAAUCCUAGAAAUCUGUCGGAGGAAAGAUUCAACACAGCUUUGUGCCGCACCAGAGUGCUCAUAGAACAAACAUUUGGAAUGCUGAAGAGGCGCUUCGCAGUACUGAAAUACGGAAUAAGAACGACACCAGACAGAGCGGCUGUUUAUGUUGCCUCAUGUGCAAUGUUGCACAACUUUGUUUUUGAGCAUGGAGAUGUGUAUGGACGCACAUACGAGGAUGAUGACAUGCCACAAGUGGACAACCAAGGUGUUGAUGUUAAUGGGCGGACCCAAAGGGAUUAUAUCACCCAAAGGCACUUUGCUGUUUGAACAAUCACCCUGUCAAUCAUUUGUCAUUGUUGUACGUGUAUAUUUUCAUAUUUCAGUUAAACAGUUACUAACUAUUUAAGAAAUAAGCAGAAAACAUCUAAUUUUUAUAAACUUAAAUAUAAGAUUCUGCGAUCUAAUUUUUGUCAGCAUUCUUACAUAAAUUGUUUCCAUGGAUUUUCAAAAAUUGGCU